AUGUUUGUAUAUAUUUACUUAGCUGGAUCUUUAAAGGAUUCUGAUCCUCUCAUCACUCAGGAGAUGGUUGAUGCAAUAAACAGCAAUUCUAACUCACCUUUUAAGGCAACUCUCUAUCCUAAGUUUGCAGGGAUGACCAUUGGUAAUGCGAAACGUUUCUUAUCACCGGUUUGCCCUCCACGACGUAAUCAAGGUUCGGCGGUUCCAGUUGGAGCCAACGAAAACUUCUUUGACACAGUUGAUAAAAACUACAUUACAGGUCUAUCAAACGUCGCAGCUUUUCCGACCUUGACUAAUGCUUCAUAUCCAAAAUAG